GUUAAAGAAGCUAGCUGAGUGACGCUACUGAAGCCCCGCCCACCGUGCUCGUGACGUCACACACCAUCACCGGAUCCGUACUCCACCCGCAGGAGCAGCCAUGAUGCAAGAAGGGCUGGACGACGGUCCCGAUUUCCUCUCUGACGAGGACAGAGGACCAAGGGCCGUUAACGUGGACCUUCAGACCGAUGCUACUUUACAAGUGGACAUUUCAGAUGCUCUGAGUGAAAGAGACAAAGUGAAAUUCACCGUCCAUACAAAGAGCACUCUUCCCAACUUCAAGCAGAACGAGUUCUCUGUGGUGAGACAACAUGAAGAGUUUAUCUGGCUUCAUGACUCCUUUGUGGAGAACGAGGAAUAUGCUGGAUUUAUUAUCCCACCCGCUCCUCCAAGACCAGACUUUGAUGCCUCGCGAGAGAAGCUGCAGAAGUUGGGUGAGGGUGAAGGCUCCAUGACCAAGGAGGAGUUUACUAAAAUGAAACAAGAACUCGAGGCCGAAUACCUGGCCAUCUUCAAGAAGACCGUGGCGAUGCAUGAGGUUUUCCUCUGCCGUGUUGCUGCACAUCCUGUCCUGAGGAAGGACUUAAACUUCCAUGUUUUCUUGGAAUACAACCAAGAUCUAAGUGUACGAGGCAAAAACAAGAAAGAAAAACUGGAGGACUUUUUCAAGAAUGUUGUGAAGUCUGCAGAUGGAGUACUAGUGGCAGGAGUGAAGGAUGUAGAUGACUUCUUUGAACACGAGAAGACAUUCCUCUUAGAAUACCAUAACCGUGUCAAGGAUUCAUCUCUCAAGUCUGACCGAAUGAUCAGGUCUCACAAAAGUGCUGCAGAAGACAUCAACAGAAUUGCCUCCACGCUGUACACUUUAGGGACCCAGGACUCAACAGACAUGUGCAAAUUUUUCUUGAAAGUGUCUGAGCUUUUUGAGAAAACACGGAAAAUUGAAGCACGAGUUGCUGCUGAUGAGGACCUAAAACUUGCUGACUUGCUGAAGUAUUACCUCCGGGAGUCACAAGCCGCCAAGGACCUGCUUUACAGACGAGGAAGGGCAUUAGUUGAUUACGAGAACGCAAACAAAGCUCUGGACAAAGCCAGGGCUAAAAACAAAGAUGUCCUUCAGGCAGAAACCACCCAGCAAGUUUGCUGUCAGAAGUUUGAGAAAAUCUCAGAAUCGGCUAAACAAGAACUGGUAGAUUUCAAAACAAGAAGAGUAGCAGCGUUCAGAAAGAACUUGGUGGAACUAGCUGAGCUUGAACUCAAACAUGCUAAGGGUAAUCUCCAAUUGUUGCAAAGCUGCCUGGCUGUUCUAAAAGGGGACACUUAAGACCCUAAACUGAGGUUCAUUAGGGCUUUCCCUGUUUGGUCCCGUCUUACUGGGAGGAUGGAGGGGAGAGGGAGCUCAUACCUGGGGUCUGUUUGUCAAGAAACAGUAUGUAUCACUGUUUAUAUCACUACCUGAGACAUCAUACUCCCUCCACUACCCCCUUAAACAGACGCGGCCCACUGUGGAAGAUUUCCCAAGUCCACACAGCACAAGAACCUACAACUUCAUCUAAUCACGUCUUGUAACUUCUGAUUGUUAAUUGACGUUUUCAUGGGAGUCGCUACAUCAAGAUAUAUGCAUUGAUGUCUAAUUGUUUUUCUAUCUCUUGUUAAUUUUUGGCUUAUUGUAAUCUUUAGUUUUGGUUAAUCCUUUUUUGUAUGGAUGAUGCUCAGCUGACUUGUUCACUUUGAGCUUAUCAUAUGAUUAAACUGUAUGUUCACUCAAA